AAUGCCAAAUCUCAAAGUACUAUUGAGUUUAGAGUAACAUAGUUCGGUUACCACUCUUUGCUCAAAAAAUAGUUUGAUUGUCCUUGCAUUCUUCCAAAAUUGAAUGGAGUCAUACUUUAGUGAUUUCAUGGAUGUCAAACCUCUUGGAAGCUUUACAACCAUCUUCUUCACAAAGCAGAAAUUUGGAGAGGUGGAUCCAAACUUCAUUCGUCAAUUUGGAGAUGAACUUCCUUCUCAGUGGAGAAUAAUGGAUUAUCGAUUUGAACAUCAUGUUGUUACAUACAACAAAGAUGAAGUUCAUCCUCUUCUUACAGAUGGAUGGGCAGAGAUGAGAGAGGUAUUUGAUCUGCAUCAGAAUGAGGUAAUCCAUUUCGCCUAUCAUGGUAAAGAUCUUUUUGGUAUUAUGGGUUCAAGCAGAUUUGAAAGUGAAGAUGAAAUUCCAGAUUAUCACAGUCGAUCUGUUUGUCGUGGUAAUUCUGUGAGGUUCCAAGUUGAACUUACGCGGGAUAAUAUUAGCAAUCCUUACUUGAGCAUAUGGAAUGCUUUUGAAAUUUAUGUCCGAAACUCAAACUUGAAUGUGAUAACUGCUUGUUGUGACAAUGGAACAAAGACUGAAUUGCAAAUUGCAACUCAUGACAAUCCUUUUUGGAUGACAGCCUUAGGUCCCCGCUGGUAUGGUUUUUGUCGUGAAAAUGGGUUUCGUGCUGGUGAUCAACUAUGCUUUAAUUUUUCGCUUGUUAACUUUGGUAAUAAUGUUGUGCGUGUUUUUAAAAUAUGAGCUGAGAAAUCUGAGUAUGUUGGAUGCUGGUUGAUGCAGGGUUUUGAUUAUGGUAUUUAAGAUACUUAGUUUUUAAUGUUUAAUGUUUUAGCUUAAGAAGAUCUUAAUCAAUGAAGGUGUUGGAUGCAUUGUAAAAUGUAGUUUAUCUAAGUCUAAUUUGGUUUGACUUUGUGGUAAUUAUGUUUAGGGUUGAUGUUUAUCCUUUAUUUUCAUUAGUUUAUGUUGAAUGUAAUUUAUGGUUGUUAAACAAUGAAACUGUUUCUUGGUUUGUUUUAA